AUGUUUGUCCAGGUAUGCCUGUACUUCUACUGCAAAUGUUUGUGGCGCUGCCUGAAAUUCGUGGUCAGGAAACUAACAGGUCGAUGUGAAUUGCAAAGGAUCUGUUACAAUACCAAACCCGGAGCUGCCAGAACUAUGAAAAUAGAGGCAUCACUGAAAGGUUCAAAAAGUAAGCGGCUGCAAACUUCAGUAAGGGUUCACCCUGAUGCUAUUGAAAAAACUAUAGAUGACAUCAUGGAGCUGAAAAGGAUUAAUCCAGAUAUAAAUCCACAGUUGGGAGUAUCUCUUCAGGCAUGCCUGCUGCAGAUUGUGGGGUACAGAAAUCUGAUUGCAGAGGUUGAAAAGCUGCGCAGAGAACAGUAUGAUUCAGAGAAUCCGCAACAUGAGGAAAUGCUUCUCAAGUUGUGGAAAUGCUUGAAGCCCAAUUCGCCACUGAAAGCUCGGAUUUCGAAGCAGUGGUGUGAAAUUGGUUUCCAAGGUGAUGAUCCUAAAACAGACUUCAGAGGGAUGGGUCUUCUGGGCUUAUAUAACUUGGUGUAUUUUGCCGAAUGGGACACUGAGAUAGCUCAGCAAGUUCUCUCUGAUUCUCUUCAGCCUAAAUACAGGGAAGUCACUAAGAUGGAACUAAGCCAAUUCAGCAAAGCUGAGUGGGAGAAGAAAAAGUUCGAUAAGGCAAUCGGCUAUUCUUUCGCUAUCGUGGGCAUUAAUAUAACAGACCUUGCAUACAACUUGCUUGUGAGUGGAGCUCUGAAGACCCAUUUCUACAAUGUUGCUCCAGAAGCACCAACACUAACUCACUUUCAGCAGACGUUCUGCUACUUAAUGCAUGAAUUCCACAAAUUCUGGAUUGAAGAGGACCCGCUGGACAUAAUGGAGUUCAAUCGUGUCAGAGAGAAAUUUCAUAAGCGAAUCUUGAAACAGCUCCAGAACCCAGAGAUGGCUCUGUGCCCCCAUUUUGCUGCAUCAGAAAGUUUAAUCAAUAUGUAG